AACUCUGUACACACGCACACACACUCACACACACGCACACACACACGCCCACAGCAGACGAGCGUUUGUAGCGAAGGAGAGACUGCAGUCUCCAGCAAAGCAACGGGCGUGAAGACAGAAAAGUUUCAAAAAUGAUGAAGAAACAGCUGAACCGGAUGCUCCAGUUAGCGAACCACACCUCAGGCAGAAGUGAGAAUUCACUGCUUCUCACCGAGGAUCUCAUCCAGUUUGAGAACAGGAUUGAACCCGCCAGGCGUGCAACAUACAACACGUACAAGAAACUGCAGGCUUGCCUCCACGGACAACAGGGCUCAGACCUCGAGAGGCGCCUGAAAAAGAUGCCCCUGAUGACCUUAUCGCAGAGCAUGGGAGAGAGCUGUAGAGAGCUGGACAACGAAUCCAGCAUUCGGAAGAUGUUGGAGGUUUGCUGCUACAUCGAAGGCACCCUGGCAAAGGUCUGCGUUGACCACGAGCUACAGCUGGAGAAAGACGUGCUGGACCCGCUCUUCAAACUGUCUGAGGAGGAGCUUCCCAAUAUUCUUAAACACAAGAAAAAACUGGACAAGCUGACCCUGGAUUGGACGUCCGCCAAAAAUCGGCUAGGCCAAGCUACUAAGUCUGUCAACACAGGGGCCAUGGCACAGCCCACGACAGCAAAGGUGGACCUUCUCAAAGACGAGGUGGACGAGAUCUGGAGAAAAGUUGAACUAUCUAAGGAUGAAUACGCCGCUGACCUUUAUCACUUCGCCAGCAAGGAGGAGGAAUAUUCCAACUACUUUUACUUGUUGUUGGAAGCCCAGGCAGAAUACCACCGGCGGUCUCUGAACGCACUGGAUGCCCUGCUGCCCACACUGAAGACCAGCCCCAACUCACCAGCUGUUAUCCCGGAGAACCCUGCCUAUGGCCGUCCGCUGAAGGAGCACCUGGAGAACCGGGGGCAGGAUAUCGCCCUUCCCAUCGAGGCCUGUGUCAUGAUGCUGCUCGAGAAAGGAAUGAAAGAAGAGGGCUUGUUCCGGCUGGCGGCAGCAGCGUCCGUGCUGAAACGGUUAAAGGCCGCGCUUGAUGGCGGCUCCUUCGAUCCGGAAGAGUUCAACUCAGACUCGCAUGCUGUGGCAGGUGCACUGAAGUCUUACCUACGUGAGUUGCCUCAGCCCCUCAUGACGUUUGACCUUUAUGAUGAAUGGUUCCAAGCUGCCAGUGAGAAGGAUCUUCCAAAGCAGAUCGAACGGCUGCGGGAAGUGUCCGCCAAGUUGCCAGAGGAAUUCUACAAGAACUUCAGGUAUCUCAUUAAGUUUCUGGCAAAGUUGGCGGAAUACCAUGCGGUGAACAAAAUGACACCCACGAACAUCGCCAUCGUGCUUGGACCCAACCUUCUGUGGCCCAGGAAUGAAGGGACGGUCUCAAUGAUGAACAUGGCGUCAGCAUCGUCGGUCCAGGUGGUGCUGGUCAUCGAGCCGGUCAUACAGAACGCAGACGGCAUCUUCCCAGAAGAUUUGGAUUUCAGUGUGUCGGGAAUGUUCGGCCCAAGUUCGUUGUACUCCAGUUACACCUCGACAAAGAAAGACACUGGCUCAACGGAGCCGGCACAGACGACCCCUCCCCCACUCAAGGAGGUCACGGCACUGAAGGAUGAGAGUUUGUGUGAAGAACGCACCCUGGUUCGUCCAUCGUCACCUCCGCCAGAUGUGGAGGAGGGUCCCAGCAAAGUGGAAGCCCCUCCAAACCAGACAGCGCCCAACCAGGCUGACCUCACCAGCCAGACCCCCAACAACCUGACCAAGAAAGUGAAGAAACCCGUGCCGUCGAGACCCACGUUCCCACCGCCGCACCACCCGAAGGCCAGCCUGCCUUGGACCUCGAAGCCCAUGUGCGCGCCCCUCACCCAGCCGAUCGACGAGAGGCCCAUCGUCCGCCGAGCGACUGCCUGCCCGGUGCGGGUGCCCGCCGUGCCCCCGCCCCCCGUGCCGGCCCCCCGCACCCACCAGCGCACCACCAGCCUGGGCUCGGCCCACUUUCGGCUGGGCGACCCGCCGGAGGCCGGCGGCGACGGCGGCAAGCGGCCGCCAGAGGCCUCGGUGAAGACGGCGCCCUGCCAACCGCGCUCCCCGCAGGUCAGCUGGGACACGGAGCCGCAGCCGCAGCCGCAGUCGAAGCCGCAAGCAACGGCCAGGGUCCGGGUCCUCUCCGCCAGUCAGGCCAUGUUGGCCGGGACCACCCCCAAAGUGAAAGGAUCACUGAGCGUGGAGAGAAGUGGUCCUCAGGAGCAGUCACCAGAUGCCACCACCGGGGGGCACCUCUGACAACCCACCUAACCCCAACUACACGAUCUAGAAUUGGAGCACCUGAAGUGCAGAUCAAGAUCUUUGGUGCAGAUGGGCUUCUUGGCCCCCACUCCGUUGCAAGGAGAGCACGGUAACUCGCGAUCUUUAGGCUUUGUGUAGUUUAGUUUAGAGAUACAGCGCGGAAACAGGCCCUUCGGCCCACCUGGUGCGUGCCGACCAGCGAUCCACGCACACUAACACCAUCCCACACACACCCAGGGGCAACUUACAAUUUUACCAAAGCCAAUUAACCUGCAAACCGGCACGUCUUUGGGGUUUGAGAGGAAGCCGGAGCUCCCGGAGAAAACCCCACACAGGUCACGGGGAGAAGGUACAAGCUCUGUACAGACGGCACCCGUGGUCAGGAUCGAACCCGGGUCUCUGGCGCUGUGAGGCAGCAACUCUGCCCGUUUGAUUAGGCAGGGGAGGAGGAAAUGCCCAAUUGACUCAGCAGAUCCUAGCCUCCUUGUGGCCAGCUACAAUGGCAGGAAAUCUGAGGUAAGGAGUCAUACUCAUAGAGUGAUACAGCGUGAAAACAGG